AUGAUAUCAUCAACCGACGCCAGUAUUCAACCAAACAACAGCGACGACCACCACCAAGAUCGCUACGUUAAUCACUGGCUGCCUGAAAUCAACUCGCCUAGUCUUUCGAUAACCAUGCUCUCGCUCGCCCAGGACAAGAAGGAUAACUCAGAGGCUGUCAAUUCUGCCAAUUCUGCCUAUGAACUUGUUGCCAAGGAAUGGAAGCCAACCAUACCAGCCUUUGCUCCCGCUUCCGCUUCCAUUUUAGCUGUAAUUGGUGAGAAAGACGAGGAACAGAUGGACUUCUCUUACCUGGACACCAUCAAGUCCACAGGCUACGCAGACCCAAAUGAUCCGGACACCAACCUAUCCCUGUCGAUUCUUCCCGCCACUCAGCAUCCUCCGCAGCAGCAUGGGGAGGUUACUACGAAGGAAAUGCUGGACCAUCUGGGGUUUGAUUUCGACUUUGCCACGGAUCCUGAAAUAGGUGACAUAAACAACGCCUCACUGUUCUCAAUCUACGACAAGAUCGCCAACCUCACAAGUGACUGUCUACUGCCAGCACCUACUUCGCCCGAAGCACCCACUCAAAUGCAACAACAGAAUCAGCAGCGGCAGCGGCAGCAGUGGCAGAAGGAAGUGGAGGAUUAUCAGCAGGUUGGAGUGGGAAAGUCGGCGUCCCUGGGAAUGCGGGUUAGACAGAGAAGGUCAAGCAUUACUAGUCUUUUGACGAAAAGACCGAUUCGAUCCAACAAUGUUGGCGAUGCAAUUUUGGCGAAUCCAACUGUGACUGCGUCCAAGGGUGAGCAAGUCAUUCAGGUGGACAAUGAGGUUCCGGCUGCUGAUCCUGCUAUGUCUGCUACACCUGCUGCACAUGCUGUGUCUUCUGCGUCUGCUAUGUCUGCUCUGUCUGUUGUUGAGGCGCAGGCCGAUGCAAAGCUGGAUGAGGGCAAGUCUGAAGAACAUACUGCUGCUUCUGCUUCUUCUUCUGCUGGUACCCAGUCUUUUUCGGAUAAACCCGCGGCUGAUCUGACUGUUUUCUUUGGUCCUGAGCAGAAAGGAGGGGAAAAGAAGGGGCAAGCAGAGGAGGAAAAUAACCAUGUAUCCGAGGCUAAGCAAAAGCCACAGCAGACUGUCGAGAACACCAGGCCCUCCACUGCUACUCCGGUUAUGACCACAGUCGCCAUAGCUAUUUCUGCCACCACAGCUUUUUCCUCUGUUAGGGCUCCCGUAGUUACCAGCGCUGAGACCGAAACCUCUGACAUCAGCGCAAGUGCAAGUGCAAGUGCAAGUGCAAGUGCAAGUGCAAGUACUAGUGCAAGUACUAGUGAAAUUACAAGUGCUAGUGAAAUUGCCAGCAGGGAAGUCGGCAGUAACACCAGCAGCAACGACAACCAUAGCGAUAACAUUUUCUACGACAACCCCGCCACCACCAUUAUCACGGGCAACAACAACCAGCAGCAGCAGCACCAGUCUUCGAGCACCCAGUCUGUGACAAACGUUACUCGGCGCCCAAACCCAGUGUCUCGUAACUUGGAUCGCCGCUCGUCAAGGAUUCUCGAUGGAAUUUCACGCAAAGUCCAGCAUGUUCGCCAGACCACCUCUAUGGUCUUCAGGCGCUCAGCCACCUCACAUGUACCGGCUAUUCCGCAUACCUUUUUUGAUAACACCCGCGGAUUAGCCGCUGCCAACACCACCAAUGCAGAGGACAAUCAGGUUGGAAUUAAUGUGGACGCGCAUGAUGUGCCCAAACCCGAGGACAGCAGCAUGGUAAAUGCAGAGGCUGGAGCUAGGGCCAGAACUGGGGAGGCGGAGGAGUAUGUACAUGUUGGGACAUCGGAUGAGGCUGAUUUUGAAAAACCCUUGGUUGGUGCUACGACGGAGAUAAAGCUGCCAACUGUUACCACCGACUUGACCAAUGUUGACGACACUCUAACUGUCUCCCAUCUGCCCAUCAUCCCCGCUACCACCACCAAGUACACGUACAUCCAACCCCAAAAUAACAUGUUCAGCUCGCCGCUGCUCGACAAGCUUUUUAUCCAAGCUCAAAUCGACGACAUCGAGAGAGGGAACCAGCAGCUGCGCGCAGAGAUUAUUAAGGUACAAUCGGCUAACAAGCGUCUUGAGGGUGAUAUCCCAGAGUACCUCGCGGAAAACGCAGAGAUUCUGCCCCCCGUGAUUGAUGCACAGGUGCGGGAGGUCGAGGAGCAUGCCGAGAUGUAUAGGGAACUGAAAACGGUGAAUGAAAAGUUGCGCAAACAGGCCAAAAUGAUGGAUUUCCGGGUUCAGUCGGUUCGUACUGAGAUAGACUUUGCGUAUAGCACCAUCAUAAACUUUGGCAGCCGAAAGAGCGAGGCUGGUAGGGGGUAUGAUAACUUGUACAAGAUGUGCGAGCCGUUCAAGUAUUUUGUGGCGGACAAGGUGGCGACUGUGUAG